AUGAAGAGCCUGCUCAACUCCUUCCUCAGACGCCUGUCCAACCCCUUCUUCAGCAGCCUACCCAAACCCUUCCUCAGCGGACUACCCAACCCCUUCCUCAGUGGCCUGCCCAACCCCUUCCUCAGAAGCCUACCCAACCCCUUCCUCAGAGGCCUCCCCAACCCCUUCCUCAGAGGCCUACCCAACCCCUUCCUCUGUGGCCUACCCAACCCCUUCCUCAGCGGACUACCCAACCCCUUCCUCAGUGGCCUGCCCAACCCCUUCCUCAGAGGCCUACCCAACCCCUUCCUCAGAGGCCUACCCAACCCCUUCCUCAGAGGCCUACCCAACCCCUUCCUCAGAAGCCUGCCCAACCCCUUCCUCCAUGGCCUGCCCAACCUCUUCCUCAGUGGACUACCCAACCCCUUCCUCAGCGGACUACCCAACCCCUUCCUCAGUGGCCUUCCCAACCCCUUCCUCAGUGGCCUUCCCAACCCAUUUCUCAGACGCCUACCCAACCCAUUCCUCCAUGGCAUGCCCAACCCCUUCCUCAGCGGCCUACCCAACCCCUUCCUCAGCGGCCUACCCAACCCCUUCCUCAGUGGCCUACCCAACCCCUUCCUCAGUGGCCUGCCCAACCCCUUCCUCAGAGGCCUACCCAACCCCUUCCUCCAUGGCCUGCCCAUCCCCUUCCUCAGCGGACUACCCAACCCCUUCCUCAGCGGACUACCCAACCCCUUCCUCAGUGGGCUGCCCAACCCCUUCCUCAGCGGCCUACCCAACCCCUUCCUCAGCAGCCUACCCAACCCCUUCCUCAGUGGCCUACCCAACCCCUUCCUCCAUGGCCUGCCCAACCCCUUACUCAGAUGCCUGCCCAACCCCUUCCUCAGAGGCCUACCCAACCCCUUCCUCAGAGGCCUACCCAACCCCUUCCUCCGUGGCCUGCCCAACCCAUUCCUCAGAGGCCUGCCCAAACCCUUCCUCCAUGGCCUGCCCAACCUCUUCCUCAGAGGCCUGCCCAAACCCUUCCCCAGAGGCCUGCCCAACCACUCCCCGAGAGGCCAGCACAACCCCUUACUCAGAGGCCUGCCCAACACCUUCCUCAGAGGCCCGACCAACCCCUUCCUCAGUGGACCGACCAACCCCUUCCUCAGAGGGCUGCCCAACCCCUUCCUCAGAGGGCUGCCCAACCCCUUCCUCAGAGGCCUGCCCAACCCUCUCCUCAGUGGCCAGCCCAACCCCUUCCUCAGAAGCCCACCCAAACCCUUCCUAAGUGGCCAGACCAUCCCCUUCCUCAGAGGCCCGCCCAACCCCUUCCUCACUGGUCAACCCAACCCCUUCCUCAGUGGCCCACUCAAACUCUUCCUCAGUGGCCCGCCCAGCCCCUUCCUCAGAGGCCCACCCAACCCUUUCCUCAGUGGCCUGCCCAGCCCCUUCCUCAGAGGCCCACCCAACCAUUUCCUCAGAGGCCUGCCCAACCCUUUCCUCAGUGGCCCGCCCAACCCCGUCCUCAGACGCCUACCCAACUCCUUCCUCAGAAGCCUGCCCAACCACCUCAGGCGCCUAAGUUACCCACUGGCCCGAUACACCAAGGCCCAAAGCAGACCUGUGAUGUUGAGGGUAAUGACAAGGUGCAAUGUGGACUUCCCGACAUCACUGGUGCCAAAUGUGAGGCCAUAA